AUGUACGCAUGUGCGACCUGCACCGAUGACUUCUAUUAUCGUGAAGAUUGUGAUGAGCAUAUGGAUGAUUAUCAUCAUUGGAUCGAAUGCGACACUUGCAACAGCGUGUUCCGCUCUCAGCGGGCCUGCGAUCAACACAUGAAUGCAUUGGAUCACCAUGCCCCACAGUUUGAAUGUGAGACCUGCACCCGCCGAUUUGGCAGUCAGAAGGCAGUUAACCAGCAUAUGAAUACCCUUGAUCAUUGGGAAACUUUCUGUGUUCCCUGUGGUCGCGAAUUUCGCAGUAGCAACAACCUCCGCAUGCACCGGAACUCGCGUAUCCACCGUGGCAAGGACUUUCAUUGCCCCUUCUGCCAGACUGCAUUUGUGACAGCCAGUGGCGCGUCCCAUCACGUUGAGACCGGGUCUUGCCCCAACGCCCCCAAUCUGAACCGCGAGUCUCUGCUCAAAAUCAUUCAGGCUUCUGAUCGCCAAGGCUUGAUCGCCAACAAGCAGAUCGGAUGGCACAAAGAAGAAAACGUCGAGUACAUGGUGACCAACCGCGCUCACAACGGCUAUCUCUGGGAGUGUUACAUCUGUCACCGCGAGUUCAAUACAUCCAGAGCCUUGACCCAGCAUAUCAACUCGCCUGUUCACAAGCAGAAGGCUUACCACUGCCCCAACCAAAACUGUCCUAAGGAGUUUAUCUCGCUGGCUGGUCUGUUUUCACACCUCGAGAGCGAGUCUUGUGCGUUUAUGCGAUUCGAGCGUGUGCAGCAAGUGCAACGGUCAUUGAAUGAUGCGAUCACGAACCGCAGACAGAUCGCCUUUUAA